AUGAAAAUCUUCAUAUUUGUUAUAAUUGCCUUCACGGCGAUUUCGUACACACGGGCGGCUGCCGUGGAUAACGGAGGCGGCAGUGUGGAAUCCUUAGAGAAAAUUCCAGCUUCAGAAGAAAUUGUCGAGACGAUCAGUGUUUUUGGGGAACUACCUCCGCGGAAAAUGUUGGAACUUAUUUUGAAUACAAACCAACCAAGUGAAAAUGAUGCAGGUCUCGAGAGUAACGAUGAAGAUGACAAAAUGAAUACAAAUGCAGAUGAUGAUGAUCUCAUUGAUGAAGAAGAUGAUGAAGAUAUAAACGAAGGAACGAAUGAUAGUGCCAACGGAAGUAAUGAAGAUGAAGGCAGUGAAGAAGAUGGCGAAGAUGAUGAGUUCGAAGCAGAUGAUGAGUUCCAAGAGGAUGAUGAUGAUGAAGGCGAUCUGAACAACUCAAGUAUCGAUAGCCACGAGAUCGAUGAUACUUCUAAUGAGUUCGAUGAAGACAUAUUUGAAAGAAGUGGAAAUGGUGAAGACGAUAACGAAAAAGAAGAUAGCGAAAAUGAAGGUGAUGCUGAGGAGAAUGAGGAUGAUUACGAUAGUGAGGAAGAUGAACGCGAAGAAAAUAAUUCCAAUGAAGACGGUUUAGAUAAUGAAUUACCAGAAGGCGACGAGCACAAAAGGAAUAGUGAGGAUAAUGAUAGCGAAGAAGAUUCACAUGAAGAUGAUGACGAAGAUGCAAAUGGUGAUAGUGAUGAAGAAGAUGAUAACAGCAGCUAUGUCAUUACACUUAGCACUUAA